AUGGGGGAGAUUGUGAACUGUCAAGAACGACCUUCCAGUAUGCUGAACUUACCAGCCUACCCUGUCGGCAUGGAAUUACCUCCCCUAAACCUUGAAAGGGGUGGAACCUCUCACAGCAACCUGUUAGAUUUGAACAGAAAGCCGAUUCUCGAGUCCACCGUGAGAGAGAACGAGAAGCUUUUUCAAAAGAUUGUGGGCUCUGUGCAAACAAUUCUUCAAUGCCUUGGUGAAGACCCACAGCGAGAAGGCCUGCGAGAUACUCCGGAGCGAUAUGCCAGAGCCAUGCUUUUUUUUACCAAAGGUUAUGGUGAUAAUAUGCAAGACCUGGUAAACGGAGCAAUUUUCCACGAGAAUCACCACGAAAUGGUCAUUGUGAAGAACAUAGACAUUUUCUCACUCUGCGAGCACCACCUGGUCCCCUUCACCGGAAAGAUGCACAUUGGUUAUACUCCCAACGAGCGCGUUUUGGGUCUCUCUAAAAUGGCUCGUUUGGCCGAGAUGUUCUCUCGAAGACUCCAGGUACAAGAGCGCCUGACAAGACAGGUUGCCUCAGCCAUCUUUGAGAUCCUGGAGCCUCAGGGAGUUGGUGUCGUCAUGGAAUCUUCCCAUCUUUGCAUGGCCAUGCGCGGCAUACAGAAGGUGGGGAGCACCACAGUAACGAGCAGCAUGCUGGGGUCCAUGGAGUCAAGCGCAACUAAAAGAGAAGAGUUUUUAGCACUUUUGCACAUAUGA